CCCAAAGACCGCUCGUAGUUUUUCCAAGCACAAAACAUCAAGUUGAAUAUCUUGUAUUAUUAAAAAUAAAUAAAACAAACUGCAAAAAAAAAUGGCCUCAUCAAGAUUUCAACUUGUUGCCCUUCUUGUCAUCUUCUCUCUCGUUAUUACUGCCCAAUCUAAUUUAACAGAAAAGGAAGAAAUGGACGGACCAUGCCGCUUGAGAGGAACAUGCGAUGAGGACAGCGACUGCGACACCCAUUGCCACCGAAGCACCGACGCUGUAAAAAUGGACGGCCACUGUCUCUUCGACAGACCCACCCCCGUAUGCUGUUGCCUCUUUGAUUAAAUCGAUCCUUUUUUAUUCUUCAAGUCUCCAUGCAUGUUUUAAGCAAAAAAUAAAAAAAGUUUCCAUGCAUGCAUGAUCAAUAUAUUCCUGAUUAAAUUAAUGACGUAAACAUAUAUAUAAAUGUUUACGUCCUAAUUACUUGAAGAAUAGAAGAAGUGAUCUUGUGUUUCUUAUAUUUUGAUUUCUUGUUUAUCAUAUGGGACAUUUAUAUGUUGUAAGAGAAUGGCUAUUUAUGAACAAUUAUACAUA